GUACUCCAAGUUAACAACAGGGGAUCUCAUUAACAUUCUCAAAUGAUGGUGACUUUUAGCAGGACCUUAUUCCACCUUCAAAUGCACUCGGUGAUGCAAAUGUCUCCUUGUUUCAGCAAGUUGCCCUCUGCAAAUCCAUCCGAGCGACAUAGAAGCAUACAUACUUCAUACUUGUUCUUCAUGUGCCUACCGAGUGCCACUGGCCAAGUUUUAUCCGCGACCUCAAGCUUCACUGACUUCUCGUCUUUCCCAAUGUGCCUAACUGAAAAGCCUAAGGGUUACUGUGCUUCCUUUUAGCCAUUUUCAGCAAACAAUAGCAAGCUCUCCAAACUUCCCACAGCUCUUUCAAACAAAUCUUAGUCUGCCUUUGACUCAAAGCAGCAAGGGCAACCCAUUUCCCUUCUUCUCUCCUCUUCCCUUCUUCUCAUCUCCCCCUUCUUCAAACCCACAAAAGAAAACAACUGUUUCUCCUUCAGAAAACUACUCCAAUGACGACCCAUUUCCUGAAGCAGCUCACUGAAGAGACCAUCAGUCACAAGAGAAUGCUGAUUCCUGGGGAGUUUGUGAAGAAAUGUGGGAGAGAAAAUAUGACAAACCCAGUAGUCCUGGAGCCAACAGUUGGAGAUCCAAGGGAGAGGGAGAUGGAGCUAUACGAAGAUGGUGGUGGGUUUUGGUUGAGAAAUGGUUGGCAGGAGUUGGUAGAUCACUACAAACUCAGCCAUGGAUGUUAUCUACUCUUUGAAUACAAGAGCUAUUCAAGGUUUAAGCUUUUGAUGCUUGGGACAAAUGGGCUAGACUUGGAGCUUCCAGCUUCCAGUUUUGUCAAUGUUGGAUCGAAUGGGAACCAGGAGUUCCCAGAAGCUGCGGAGGAAGAGAGUGUGGAUGCUCAUUCUGUGGAGAUCUUAGAGGUGGGUGCAGGCUCAUCAGUGGUUAAGGAGAUGAACACCAAUAAUGAAGGUGGUGGAAAGCAGCCAGCCCAGCCGCGGUCUGCAGAGAUUGCAAUGCAGAAAGGGGUCAUCAAUGCUAGGAAAAGGAGAAUAGCUGAUGAUGGAGAGAGCAGGCUGGUGAAACAGGAUGCUCCAAGGAGAAAUAGAGCUAAUAGAAGCCCCUUUGGAAGGGACGAACCAGCUUUUUCUAGGAGUCCUUCCAGCUCAAAGCCUGGCAGACCCAUAAAUACUGAAGCUAUAGAUGAAGAUAUAGCAAAAUUCACUGGAUUAUCUUUGAUGAAGGACAUGAACUACAACAACAAUGGAGAUGGUGAUGGAAGACAGCCGUGGCUUGCUGAGAAUGCCAACCACGAAGAGUACAUGAGAACCGGUGACAGGAAAAGGAGAAGAACAGCUGAGGGCGGACAGCAUAAGAAAGUGAACAAGGAACCUCUAAGGAGAAGUAGAGGUAACGAGAGCUCAGUUCCAUUCAUGGUUGAACAUGAAGUCGAACCUCCUUCUAUGGAACCUUCAAGCUCACGGCACGGUAGACCUACAACUGAAGCUGCAAAUGGGUUUGCUUCCCAAACUGAUUUUCUCCAAGUUAUUGUCUCAAAAAGUUCCUUGGCUAAGAAAGGCUUGAGGAUGAAGGGAGGUUUUGUUGAAAGGCAUAUCACCGAUUGGAAAGAUAAAAUAGUGGAGCUUCAGGUUGAACAAGAAACAUGGCCAGUGGGAAUUGUAUCAGACCAUGGUGUCCCUACUCUUUCUAGAGGCUGGUUGACAUUUGCGCGUCAGAACUCUUUGAAUGUAGGGGACACUCUCAUAAUCGUUCCCACAAUCACUGAAGGUGUUCUCACAGUUCAUAUUCUACGUGGUUCUUACAGGAAACCUACUUGUUAGCUAGGAAGUUGGGUUGUUUGUUUAGGUGAUUUUGGAGAAUGAUUAUCAUGGUAGGUUGUCAAAGGAAUCUGUUCAGUAUCUGAUAAUGUUGCUAAUCCGCUGUUGAAUGUUAUCAGCUUAUGUUAAUCUUCUAUUUACUAAUGUUAAGGAAUGUUUCUGAUUGUAGAAUCUAACAAAAGUUCUAGUUUUCUAAACCCUUCUUGUCGUCAUUGAUGUUCUUCUAAAAUGUGUUUCUGAUAGAAACACGUUUUCGUGAUUCUAUCAUAAUUAUCACAAUUAUUAUUAUUAGGAUAUUUACAAAUAAGGAUAGUAGUCUUUUAGUAGAAU